UUGCCUCGCCGCCAGUCCAGUCUCCAGUCCAGCAAAGAGAGCGAGACCAGAAAAGAGACAAACGCGUGGAGACAGAUCGAUAGCGAUGCGGCCUAGCAUGGCCGGUGUCUUCACCCAUCUCGCGUGGCCGCUGCUUGUGCUUGUGCUGUGCUCAUGGCGGAUUAUCGCAGCUGCUCAGGCUCAGCCGCGAACUGAUCCAGUCGAAGCGGCGGCGUUGAACACGAUCCUGGGGAGAUGGGGCAAGACGGCGUCGCCGGAGUGGAACAUCAGCGGCGAGCUCUGCAGCGGCGUCGCCUCCGACCUGUCCAACUGGGACGACUACCCAAAUCUCAACCCGUUCAUCAAGUGCGACUGCAAGUACAACAACGGGACCCUCUGCCACAUCAACAAACUGAGGGUGACUAAGUUGGAUGUUGUUGGUCCAAUACCUUCAGAGCUGCAGAAUCUCACCUAUCUAGAGGACCUGAACCUGGGUUAUAAUUACUUGACUGGUGCCAUGCCAUCAUUCAUGGGAAAAUUCACUUCCAUGAAAUAUUUGGCCUUGCCUUUCAAUCCACUGUCUGGACCACUUCCGAAGGAACUUGGCAACCUGACCAAUCUUUUGUCACUGGGCAUCAGCUAUUGUAAUUUUUCUGGGGAACUUCCUGAUGAACUUGGCAAUAUGACUAGUCUUAAGCAAUUGUACAUUGAUGGUUCCGGAUUCAGCGGUCCAUUCCCUUCGACAUUCUCUAAACUUAAGAACCUAAACAUCUUGAGGGCAUCAGACAAUGAAUUCACAGGGAAAAUACCAGAUUAUUUUGGGCGCAUGACUAAUUUGGUGGAUGUGGCUUUCCAAGGAAAUUCUUUUGAAGGACCAAUUCCCGCAGGUUUCUCUAAUCUGACGAAAUUAACAAACUUACGGAUUGGUGAUAUUGUAAAUGGAAGCUCUUCAUUGGGAUUUAUCAGUAAUAUGACAUCUCUGAGCAACCUAAUAUUAAGGAACUGCAAAUUAUCCGGCAAUCUUGAAGCAAUAGAUUUUUCUAAGUUUGCAACAUUAACCUUACUGGACUUGAGUUUUAACAGUAUCACAGGACAAGUUCCUCAGUCCAUCCUGAAUCUGGGAAUGCUUGAAUUCCUGUUUCUUGGGAACAAUAGCCUUACAGGAAAUUUGCCAGAUGUUAUAAGCCCCUCAUUGAAAACAAUAGAUUUUUCCUAUAAUCAGCUCACUGGAAGCUUUCCUUCUUGGGAUAGUCAGAACAAUUUGCAAUUGAAUUUGGUGGCGAACAACUUUGUUCUUGAUAGGACUACCAACAGUCAUGUACCUUCUGGAUUAAACUGCCUACAGCAAGACACCCCUUGUUUUCGUGGAUCUCCAGAAUAUUAUUCCUUUGCUGUUGACUGUGGAAGUAAUAGCUCGACGAGAGGCUCAGAUAAUACUAUUUACGAAGCAGAUCCUAUGAACCUUGGGGCUGGAUCAUAUUUUGUUACUGGUGAAAAAAGAUGGGGUAUCAGUAAUGUAGGAAAAUUUGACCAGGCCACAAAUGGAAUUGACAUAAUAUAUAGCUCCGACCAUUUUCAGAAUACAGUUGAUUCAAAAUUAUUCGAAACUGCAAGAAUGUCAGCAUCAUCGCUGAGAUACUAUGGUCUUGGACUUGAGAAUGGAAAUUAUACCGUUCUGCUUCAAUUUGCAGAAUUCGCAUUUCCAGAUUCUCAAGGUUGGCAAAGCUUAGGAAAGAGGAUUUUCGACAUAUAUGUCCAGGGUGCUCUAAAAGAAAAGGAUUUCAAUAUAAAGAAGACGGCAGGUGGAAAAUCUUUUACCGUAGUUAAUAGGAAUUACACGGCAACUGUAUCAAAAAACUUCCUUGAAAUUCAUCUCUUUUGGGCCGGCAAGGGCACUUGUUGCGUACCUACUCAAGGUUACUAUGGCCCAAUGAUAUCAGCAUUAAGCGUCACUCCUAAUUUUACUCCUACUGUGCGAAAUGGUAUACCCAAAAGGGGAAAUAGAACAGGUGUAAUUGCCGGAGUACUGAUUGGUUCAUUAGUUCUUGGAUUAGCAACCUUCUUUGGAAUAUUUAUUGUGGUAAAGAAGCGAAGAGCAAUGGCACAGCAGAAAGAAGAAUUGUACAACCUGGUUGGACGGCCUGAUGUUUUUAGUAACGUUGAACUCAAGCUAGCUACUGACAAUUUCAGUUCCAAAAACAUUCUUGGGGAAGGUGGAUAUGGGCCAGUGUACAAGGGUAAGCUACCUGAUGGGAGAGUAAUAGCUGUGAAACAACUUUCUCAAUCAUCUCAUCAGGGGAAAAGUCAAUUUAUAACCGAGGUUACAACAAUUUCUUCUGUGCAACACAAGAAUCUUGUGAAAUUGCAUGGCUUCUGCAUUGACAACAAUGCACCCUUGCUAGUUUAUGAGUACCUUGAAAAUGGAAGCCUAGAUCAAGCACUCUUCAGAGACAACAACUUAAACCUAGACUGGGCAAUGCGCUUUGAGAUUAUUUUAGGCAUUGCAAGGGGCAUAACUUAUCUUCACGAGGAGUCGAAUGUGCGCAUCGUGCAUAGGGACAUAAAAGCCAGCAAUGUCCUACUUGAUACGGAUCUCACCCCAAAAAUCUCUGAUUUUGGACUCGCUAAACUCUAUGAUGAGAAGCAGACUCAUGUGAGCACAAGAAUUGCAGGCACAUUUGGCUAUCUAGCUCCGGAGUAUGCAAUGAGAGGUCGUUUGACAGAAAAGGUAGAUAUUUUUGCAUUCGGGGUGGUCAUGUUGGAGACUGUUGCUGGUCGAUCGAAUACCAACAACUCCCUCAUGGAAAGUGAGAUAUAUCUCUUUGAGUGGGCCUGGGACCUGUAUGAAAAAGAGCAACCUCUCGGAAUCGUUGACCCAAGUCUUAUGGAAUAUGAUAAGGAUGAAGCUCUCAGAGUCAUACGGGUUGCACUCCUCUGCACACAGGGCUCGCCGCACCAGCGACCACCAAUGUCGAAGGUCGUGGCAAUGCUCACCGGAGAAGUUGAAGUAGCUGAGGUUGUCACGAAGCCGAGUUACAUCACGGAGUGGCAGCUAAGGGAUGGGAAUAGAAGCUAUGUCACCACCAGCUACUCAGGAUCUACUACCCAUGAGUUCAACAGUAAGGACGAGAUUAAGCCUUUCACCUAGUCGCCAAUGAUCACAGGACCUAGUCUUGCGGAAAGGGGAAAGUAAAGUUGAAUUACUCUAGGUGAAGUGAUAAUAUUGGACACUGUCUCGUUAAUACAAUACGCUGAUUUAAAGUCAUAUUUACAGGUUGAUGAACAUUUUGUAAAAUCAUAGUGAUCACUAAGUUGUGAUAUUGACACAAGUUUAUAAUACUUUUGAUUUAUAAUGAUUUUAAGUUGUUGCACCAACUUGAGUUAAGUUAGAAAGAACAUGUGCUCGGAA